UACACCAUCGUCUCUCUCUCUCUCUCUCUCCCCCAAAUUCCAGCUUUGCUCUUUCUCUCUAAGUUUCUUCGUACCCCAAAACCAAACCCCCCCAAACAAGUCACUGUCACAAAAAAAUAAACCUCUCUCUCUCUCUCUCUCUCUUCCUCGAUUGUUUCGUUAUUACGAUCCUGCCCCCACCCUUCACUGCAGCUAAUUUUUAUAUCUAUUCCCGAAAUGCCCUCGCUUUGCCGCCGCGUCACCGUCGUCGGUGUUGUCCAAUUCAGUCUAUUCAUCAAUUUUUAACAAGCGGAGAAAGCUGCUUCACACAUUCACCUCUCUCUUCUUCCUUCCAGAAGAUUCCGUGAUUGAAGUCAUUUGAUUGCUGCAUUAGUGAGUUUGGAGUUUUGGAUGCAAUAAGGUAUAUUCUUGAUAUCUCAAGAGGAUCAAAUGGAGCUGAAAGUUUCAUCUCCAAAACCACUGGGUCUUUCUCCUUCUGAUUGUGUUAGUGAUCCUGAGGAGAAGGAAGUCAGUGACGAUGAUGAUGAUGAUCGUAACCAUAAGCAUCGUAGGCGGGAGACACGUUCUCAAUCUUUAGAAAGAGAUGCUCCAGAGCAUGUAAUAACGAGGCCAUUUAGAAGACGCAACAAACCUUAUGAAAAUGGGCAUGCUUUCAGGGAUUUUGAAUCUCAAGCAAGUGAGAAAGACUUGUAUACAAAGUUUGAAAGAAGACGCCCUGGUCUAAUGCCACUCGCUCGAUCACCUUUGGAUUUGAAUCAAAGAAAUCGGGCAAACCAAACAUUUUCUGGAGACACUGGUCCUGGUAGAGGAAGAGGCAGGGAUUCUGGAUCUUGGAACCAACGUGAUUCAAGGUUCAGCUCAGUUGAUAUUGCUUCUCAAAUGGUUCAGCAGGGGUCCAUUCCUCCUAGCCUAUACAAUGGAAGAGGUUUGCCAAAUGUUUCAAAUGCACAGAGUGCAUCUUGGAGUGCAUUUGGAUUAAUUCCAGGACUACCAACUGGUGGCUUGGAUACAAUCCAUUCCAUUGGGUUGCAAGGAACUCUCAGACCACCCAUCAAUUCUUCAAUGAAUAUGGGCAUUCCUCGCCAACGCUGUAGAGAUUUUGAGGAGCGUGGAUUUUGUCUAAGAGGGGACAUGUGUCCCAUGGAGCAUGGUGUCAAUCGGAUUGUCAUUGAAGAUGUACAGAGUCUUUCACAGUUUAAUCUUCCUGUUUCACUUCCAAAUGUGCACCUAUUGGGAGCACCUGCUGGAACUGGGCCUUUACCAUCAGUUAGUGCUUCUUCAACUGCUUUGAUGAACAGCAAAGGAUUGCAUGGAAAAAGUAGCAAGCCUGGAAUGGCCGAUGAUGGUUUGGGCUUGAAUGGUGCAUUUCCUGGUUCUGGUUGUGUAAAUGGAGCUGAUCUGUAUGAUCCUGAUCAACCCUUGUGGAAUAACAAUUGUCCUGAAACAUCAAGUGCCCUGCUUUCACUACAAUCACCUAAGAUUCAUGAAACUGACUCUACCUUGAAUGAUGAUCCCUCUGAUCGGCAUCUUGGCAGGUUAUGUGACAGUGCUGAUAAUGAGUGCCUUGUUAGAAGCACUGGAAUUGGUGUUGGUUCACAAGGUAACAGUUUGUCUGUUUGGGGCAGAAUCGGUAGUUCGAAAAAUAGAUUAGAUGUGAAGGGAAAAAUUGAUUCUACGAUGAGUUCCUCUGAUUAUCUUGAGAAUGAAGCUAAGGAAGAUAAAGGGGCCUUAGCGAGCGUUCAAGGCACUUCCCGUCAAGGGAAGCGGAUCAUUGCAGAGGAUGUUGGCCUAAAAGCCAUGGAUUCAUCUCCCAAGACACCGAGUGAUAAUAUGCGUAACAUUCGGAAACCUUCUCAAAAGGCACUGCGUACUCUAUUUGUCAAUGGCAUUCCCCAGAGAAACAAUAAAAGAGAGGCUCUUCUUUCUCAUUUUCAAAAAUUUGGAGAGGUAAUUGAUAUUUAUAUUCCAGCAAAUGGAGAACGAGCUUUUGUCCAGUUCUCUAAAAGGGAAGAGGCAGAAGCUGCUCUUAAGGCACCUGAUGCUGUAAUGGGUAACCGCUUUAUUAAGCUGUGGUGGGCUAAUCGAGAUAGCAUUCCAGAUGAUGGCAUAAGCAGCGGCAGUAGUGUAUCUGUAACACCACGUGGUGUGACUGCUGCUUCAGCUUCAUAUCAUCCUUCCAUUGUUAGUAAAGGAAAAGAUAUUAAUCAACCUGCUGCUUCAAGGAGUAGUGUUCUCCAAGCUUCUGAUGCUUCUGUAUCUGUCUCUGAUCACCCUAAGCCUGUCAUCUCAGAUGCUCCUAAAGCUCCACCUCCCAUGCAAAAGAAGCUAGAUUCUUUAGAGCAGUUGAAAGAAGAACUUCGCAAGAAACAGGAAUUGCUAGACCAGAAGCGGAACGACUUCCGGCGCCAGUUACAAAAACUUGAGAAACAUGCCACUAAGGGUGAGGUAGUUGCCGAACAAGUUGCUAAGAGACCUAAAGUGGAAAUAGUGGCUGAUAUUUCUAAAGCUGCUACUCCAAGGUCCUCGUAUGAUCCUGGUUCUGCCGUGGUAUCACCACAUACUGAGAUGGUGGGAGAUAAGAUUAAAUCGGUGGAUAAUGUUUUGUCCCAUAGUCCUAAAGCAAGUACACCCACAUCACUGCAGGAAUCUACGAACUUGAAGCAGCCAAAUCGUCCAUUAGCACCAGUAGGGGUUCCUUUUCUGAUGAAUAGAUACAAAUUGGACAACCGUCCUACUGGAUUUAGAAUUAUUCCACCUUUACCAGCUGGACUUGCAAGUGUUGCUGUUUUGAAGGAACACUUUUCAUCUUAUGGUGAUCUUUCUACUGUGGAGCUAGAAGAUAUGGAUGUUAGUGAGUCAGAGGCAUCAAAAAUUUGCUCAGCUUGUAUUACUUUCACCACACGUCGUUCAGCUGAGAGAGCAUUUGUUAAUGGUAAAUGCUGGCAAGACCACAAUUUGAAAUUUAUGUGGCUGACAUCUAGUAAUUCGAGGAGCGACUCCGGUGGCAGUGAAAAUUCUCCGUCCACUCAUAAGGGGCAUUCAGAACCUGAUAUCCAGCCUGCAGAAACAUAUUCAGAACCUGAUGUCCAGCCUGCAGAAACAUUACCAAGUAUUGUUUCCGAGGAAGUUACUGCAUCAGAAAAUGGAGAUCCUGAAAGUCUGGAAAUAAAAAGUGGUGUUGAGCGUAUGGAAUUGGGUGAAGAUUCACAGCCUGGUGCAAGCCCAAAAUCAGGUGAGGAAGAGUAAAGGUGAUGUCUGUUGAGAAUGGGUUAAUCAGAAUUGUACAUCCUUGAUCUCUAAUUUUCAGGAAUCUUGCUUUAGCAAUUGCUGAAAAUUGAUUUUCCAAUGUUUUCUAUUUUAUGCAUGGGAUAUGUAAAAAGGGAAUUUCCUGAUUUUUGACUGCCACCUGAGAUAUUGGUUGGUAUAGUUGAGAGGUGAAUUAUGUCUACUUUCAGCUUAGAUUUGUCUAGGACCAAAGGAUAAAAGUUUAAAAACUCUGUUGAGAAUUAAUCAGAUGUUUACAUAACAAAAAUUUGGGAUCUCAUUCCCAUUCUGUUAUUAAAUUGUACUUCAAAUGAUGUGGGCAUUUUUAUUUUA